GCCAGCGCUGCGCUCACUGCGGUCACUACGCGCUGCACUCACUCGCCAUGAUCAUUGUUUAUGCCGUAUACGUGUUGGCUGUGUAUACGGUGCGUGGAAACGAAUCGAACUCAUCUCGAGUGCUAGGGGAGAGUCUCCGGCGACAGCUGAUGGACGACAACUAUGACUACCAGCCUUCAGAGACGGAGGAACUACUGCAUCCGCAGGAUAUAACCAGACGUCAAGGCGUCGCUCUCAACAAACAAGAUACGGAUUUAGACUCCAUCAACAUAUUCGUACCGGAAACAAUAAAUAACCAAUACAUUAUCACCGAGGACAAGGACACAGGACAGGACAUGCUUCACCACCUGGACGACAGACCGACGGACAUCAUGACCAGCGACCAGCGCGACUACGUGGAACUCCAUGAUGAUGGUACUAAGCCCACGCAGCAAGCUAAAUACAAAAUAUUAAAGGUAAAAAACCCCAGUCGUCGGAGUAUGGGCUCCAGACGGUUCAUACAGGAAGAAAAAGAAGACGGAGUGGCCAUCAUCAGCCUCGACGACGGAACCUUCCCGGAGUUCAGGCUGCCGAAGGACAGGCGCCAGUACAUGCAGGACGGAGAUGAUUUGGAUGACUUAGGGCUGGACCUAGACUCCGCCGGUCCUGACUUCGUCCAAAACAAAACAAAACAUUCGAAUGACGACUACUUGUCGGAUCUUAUUCCUACAUUUAAUGUUAGCGAUGAACUAAACAGAGUUUAACAUCGUGCUGCGAGUAAAUGUUAUGUGUUUUUUGAAUAUUUUUCAUUUAAAAUAUCCGUCCGUUCCUGUUAUAAAGCAUAUAUACCAUUCACAUAACGAUAUCAAAUUUCAAUCAACAAUAAAACUAGUAACAAGUUGCGCGCGCACCCACCGCGGGGAGAGAAUGUAAUGGCACGAAUAAUAUUUGCAUUAUUCACUACAUUUAAUCUAAUACUGUUAUGUUAUGAGGCAGUGGAGAUACCAAGCAAUAACCAGACCAGCAUAUUUGUGGACAAAUUGAAGAAUAUAUUGAGACGAAAUAAUGAUGACUACAUAGACAUUCGUACGAGUAAAACUAAUAUACUUACUACAAAAGUAAAUACAACAGCAGCCGUAACAAGA